AUGUCAUUACAGAGUCUGCCAUCGCACCGAAAGAUAUUUGGUCAGUCAUACACUACUCAACCAAAGCGUGGGCUUCCAGAGACACUGACAACCCGAAGGACCAACGCUGAUAUGGAUCCGGUCCCGCCCAAGUAUCAAACCUGGACUCUGUGGACCUGGUACUGGGCGACUGACACCAUCAAUCUUGGCACCUGGGAAACUGCCAGCGCCGUUAUUGCCAUUGGCUUGAAUUGGAGGGAUGCAAUUCCCAUCAUGGUUGUAGGCACCUCUUGUGUCGCUGUCCCGAUGGUCUUGAAUGGCGCCAUUGGAGCCAAGCUGCAUAUCCCAUUCUCAGUCGUAGUCAGGUCGAGUUUCGGGUUUUAUUUUGCCUACUUUUGCAUCAUCUCUCGCGCAAUCCUGGCCAUGUUCUGGCUGGGAAUUCAGGGUGCAAAUGGAGCUCAGUGUAUCACGAUCAUGCUGAGAGCUAUCUGGCCAUCCUACCACCACGUUAAGAACCAUUUACCAGAUGACGCGGGGAUCACUACCCAAGGCAUGAUCAGCUACUUCCUCUUCUGGAUCAUUCAGCUACCGUUACUUCUUAUUCCACCAACAAGACUGCGCUGGCUGUUUGUUGUCAAGCUUCUAGCUGCACCGGUCACUGCGUUGGCCACCCUUGGUUGGAUCGUCCACAAGGCUGGUGGCGGCGGUGCCAUAUUCAAUCUGCCUGAGACCGUCCACGGAAGCCAAAGGGCCUGGCUCUGGCUUUCGUGCAUGUCCUCCGUGACAGGGUCCUGGGCAACCCUGGCAUGUAAUAUCAUGGAUUUUUCACGUUAUGCGAAAACUAGUCGCGGACAGUAUGUUCAGCUCCCGUUCUUGCCUGCGAUCUUCACAGUCUGCGGCGUGAUGGGUAUUGUGACCACGUCGGCCUCAAAGGUUGUCUACGGCGAGUUUCUAUGGAAUCCCUUGGACAUCAUCGAACAUUGGUUGGGCAGUCACGGUGGAAGAGCAGCCGCCUUCUUUGCGGCCCUUUCAUGGUACAUUGCCCAGGUUGGGACGAAUAUUACAGCGAACUCGAUAUCGGCAGCAAAUGACCUAACCGUACUGUUCCCGAGAUACGUCAACAUCAAGCGUGGAUGUAUCAUUGCCGCUGUCGUCGGCGGAUGGGUCAUUGUGCCCUGGAAAAUCCUCAACUCCGCCACCACGUUCCUCGCCUUCAUGGGCGGCUACGCCGUCUUCCUAGCUCCAAUGGCAGGCAUCAUCGCUUCCGAUUACUGGAUUGUCAAGCGACAACACAUCGACGUCCCUGCUCUAUACGACCCUCGUGGACGAUACAGGUACAACAAGAGCGGCAUCAACUGGCGCGCCAUGAUUGCGUUCCUGCUUGCCGUCUGCCCCAAUCUCCCCGGACUGGCGUACAGCAUCAACAACAGCUCCAAGAUCACCGUGGGCGCAAAACACUUGUACACAUUUGACUGGCUCUACGGCUUCGUGGUCAGCAUCUUUGUGUACUCGUUGCUCAGCCUCAUCUGGAAACCAGAGGAUCAGAUUGUACAGCGCACCAUCUACGGCAUCCCGACGACUCCGUUUGACGAGGAGGCGUACGAAGAUGCAUACGAUGAGAAAGUCCUCAAGCGAGAUAGCUUGGUGGGCAAUCCGAAGGGGUUUUCUAAUGCCAAUGGUAUUGAUAGUGUUGCUGGUGCCUUGCAUUUGCGAAGGUCUGUGGACGACACAGCGAGACAAAGUAUUGAGGUCAGAAGAGCCAGCCGUGCAAGUCAGGGUGACCAGGGCCCUCACCCAGCGGAUUCGAUGCUGGGCCAUUAG